AUCUUUAUUCAUUAAUAAUUUCACAAUGUUGUGAAUUCAUAAUAUUCGUGUUAUUCUGUUAUUGACUAUAGGUAAUUGAGCAAAUGAAUGUUUAAUGCUAUUUUUGUACCUCUGCAGUCUGCAGUGAGAUAUUGUGCAAACUGCUGCCAAUGCGUCAACCAAUAAUAAUUAAAAAAUGAAUUUAUAGAUCAUAUUAUAGUAUAACAUGGCCGGACGUAUAGCCUCAGCCUCAAUAAGGGCAGUAGUUGGAAUCAAGAAACCUAUUAAGGCUGCUCUCACCUUGACACCAUCAGCCGUUGAUCAACUGAAAAAGAUACUGUCCGGAAAAUCAGAUUGUAUUGGUCUUAAAAUCGGUGUUAAACAACGGGGAUGCAAUGGUCUAAGUUAUACUCUAGAUUAUGCUAAUGAAAAACAUAAAUUAGAUGAAGAAGUUGUACAAGAUGGAAUACGGGUGUUUAUUGAUAGAAAAGCUCAGUUGACGUUACUUGGAACCGAAAUGGACUUUGUUCAGUCCAAAUUAUCUUCAGAAUUUGUUUUUUAUAAUCCAAACAUUAAAGGAACUUGUGGGUGUGGUGAAAGUUUUAACAUCUAAACUUAAAAAGUUUCAAAUAAGUUAAUACAAAAGAAGAGAAGAAACCAGAUUGGUAUAUAGUGAGUGGAUGAAUAGUCAAUACCAAUUACAUAGUUUUAUAUUUCAUUUAGAUGCAGUAAACUUAUAUUAUUGUUAAUAAUUUAUGUGUUGUACUGUUACUAUUUGACAAUGUGAAUUGUUAUUUAUUUAAAUUAUUUAAAUUGUUGUUUGUUAAAUAUAAAUGUAUCUUAUGACUUAUGAGGAAA